GAAAAAAAAAAAAAAAAAAAAAGAAAAGAAAGAAAGAAAAGGCCAAGUCUGGAAAUCAAGUGGCAGCAGCGAAGCAGCGCGUUCCCCCUCUGCCUUGGGAAGAAUUUCUUGGCUGGGUGUGUGGGUGCCUGUUAUUCGGGCUGUGGCAGAGGAUUUGGACACCGAGUCAGACCCGGCACUAAUGAGGAGGAAGAGGAUGGACGUCCUGCCACGGGUGUGCGCCAGGCUGCUCCUCCUGUCCCUGCUCUGUGCCACCAGCCUCUGCCAAAGGAGCAAAAAUAACCGCUGCGUGCUGUCCCGGGCAAAGAGCUGCACCGAGUGCAUCCGAGUAGACAAGGACUGCUCCUUCUGCACCGAUGAGAGCUUUGAAGAGCCUCGGUGUGACUUGCGGGAGAACUUGCUGCUGUAUGGCUGUGGGGAGAGCAGCAUCGUCUACACCAGGGGCGAGAUGCAGACCCUGCAGAAUUUCAGUAUCAACACGUCCCUGCAGAGGACCCAGGUGUCCCCCCAGAGCAUGCUGAUGCGGCUGCGAGCUGGGGAGGAGAUGAGCUUCGACAUGGAUGUCUUCCAGCCUUUGAAGAGCCCUGUGGAUCUCUACAUCCUCAUGGACUUCUCCUACUCUAUGUCUGAUGAUCUGGACAACCUCAAAAGCAUGGGCCAAAAACUAGCAAAGUUCCUGCAAGAAUUCACCUCUGAUUAUACCGUCGGAUUCGGCAAGUUUGUGGACAAAGUCUCAUCCCCUCAGACAGACAUGAGACCAGAGAAGCUGCGUGAGCCCUGGAACAACGCCGACUCCCCCUUCUCCUUCAAGAACGUCAUCCGCCUGACCAACAACAUCAACCAUUUCAGCCAGGAGCUCAGGAAAGAGCGCAUCUCUGGCAACCUGGAUGCCCCUGAGGGUGGCUUUGAUGCCAUCCUGCAGACAGCUGUUUGUAAGGAUAAGAUCGGCUGGAGGAAGGACAGCACUCACCUGCUCGUGUUCUCCACCGAAUCUGCCUUUCACUAUGAAGCUGAUGGUACCAACGUCCUGGCAGGGAUCCUGGCGCGAAAUGAUGAGCAGUGUCACCUGGACAGCAAAGGCACCUACGUGUAUGACACCAAGCAGGACUAUCCUUCAGUGCCCACCUUGGUGCGCCUCUUGGGCCAACACAACAUCAUCCCCAUCUUUGCUGUCACCAACCACUCCUACAGUUACUACGAGAAGUUGCACAAGUAUUUCCCCAUCUCUGAGAUCGGGGUGCUCCAGGAGAACUCUUCCAACAUCGUGGAGCUGCUCCGCACAGCCUUUGAGCGUAUCCACUCCAAGAUGGAUAUCCGAGCAGAUUUCAUCCCCAAAGCCAUAAAGACAGAGUUCACCUCCUCAAUGUACGAAAAGACAGAAUCUGGCUCCUUCUACAUCAGCCGUGGGAAAGUGGGCACGUUCAAAGUGCAUGUGAAGGCACUUGAGUACGUUGGAGGGCAGCACGUCUGCAGCCUCCCUGAGAAAGACCGGCAGGGAGUUAUCCACCUGAAACCCACGUCCCUGAGCGACAGCCUCAAAAUCACAGCCUCUGUCAUCUGUGACGUGUGUCCUUGUGAACAGCAAAAAGAGGUAAACUCACCCAAGUGCAGCUUCCAUGGGGACUUUGCCUGUGGACAGUGCAUCUGCCACCCAGGCUGGCGAGGGGACACGUGCGACUGCUCCCCGGCGUCGUCCCCCAACAACGAAGCCUGCAUCCUCCCUGGGGACGUGGAGCCCUGCUCGGGCCGGGGCGAGUGCCUGUGUGGGAAGUGCCAGUGCUACUCCGAGGACCUGACACAGCGCUUCGACGGGCCCUUCUGCGAGUACGAUGCCCUGCAGUGCCCACGCACCUCCGGCUUCCUCUGCAACGAUCGAGGUCGCUGCUCCAAGGGUGCGUGUGUGUGCCAGAGCGGCUGGGAGGGUCCGGGCUGUGAGUGUCCCACGAGCAACGACACCUGCAUCGACAGCCGAGGGGGCAUUUGCAAUAACCAUGGGAGGUGUGAAUGUGGCAGAUGCAUCUGUGACAUGGCUUCGCUGUACACCAGCUCCACCUGCGAAAUCAGCUACUCCCUGGGCUUCCAGGCUGUGUGCCAGAGCAUCCAGGACUGCGUUCGCUGCCAGGCCUGGGGAACGGGCAGCAUGAAAGGGAACUGCAGCAAGUGCCACCUCCAGAUCCAGAUGGUGGAAGAGCUGAAGAAAGAGGAGGCCAGUGAGCACUGCUCGUUCCAGGACGAGGAGGAUGACUGCACAUACCACUACACCCUGGAGGGAGACCCCACUGUGCUCCCCAACACCACUGUCCGCGUGCAGAAGAAAAAAGAGUGCCCGCCGGGGAACUUCUUCUGGCUCAUCCCGCUGCUCAUCUUCCUCAUCCUGCUUCUGGGGCUGCUGCUGCUGCUCUGCUGGAAGUUCUGCGCCUGCUGCAAGGGUUGCCUGGCCCUGCUUCCCUGCUGUGCACGAGGUCGCGUUGUUGGCUUCAAGGAGGACCACUACAUGCUUCGCCACAGCCUCAUGUCCUCUGACCACCUGGACACCCCCAUGGUCCGCAGUGGGUCCCUCAAGGGUCGGGACACCGUCCGUUGGAAGAUCAACAACAACGUUCAUAAGCAGAGUUUAACCCCUCUUGCUGCUGCCAACCCCAAAGAUCUCAUUCCCUACGGGCUGUCUCUGAGGCUGACACGGCUUUUCACGCAGAACCUGGUGAAGCCGGACACCCGGGAGUGCGAGCAGCUGCGCAAGGAAGUGGAGGAGAAUCUGAACGACGUUUUCAAGCACAUCCCCGGCUGCCACAAGCUCCAGCAGACCAAGUUCAGGUUACAGCCCAAUUCUGGGAAAAGGCAGGACCACACCAUUGUGGACACGGUGCUCACCGCCCCUCGCUCAGCCAAGCCAGAGAUCAUCAAAGUGGUGGAAAAGCACGUUUCCCAUGAGGCUUUCAAUGAACUGAAGGUUUCACCGGGUUAUUACACUGUGACCUCAGACCAAGAUGCUCAUGGGAUGGUGGAGUUUCAAGAGUCUGUGGAGCUGGUGGAUGUCCGUGUCCCACUCUUCAUCAAGGAGGAUGAUGACGAUGAGAAGCAGCUGCAGGUGGAGGCCAUUGAUGUCCCCACCGGCAUCGCAGACAUUGGCCGCAGGCUUGUCAACAUCACCAUCAUCAAAGAACAAGCCAGCAGCCUCAUCACCUUCUUGCAGCCAGCCUACUCCCACAGCCGCUUUGAUAAGGUGGCCAAGAUCCCUGUCCUCCGGGAGAUCAUAGAAAACGGGAAAUCCCAAGUCUCCUACAGGACCCGGGAUCUCACCGCCAAGAAUGGCAGGGACUACAUCGUCACAGAGGGUGACCUGGUCUUCCAGCCUGGGGAGACCCGAAAGGAGGUGCAGGUCCCCUUGCUGGAGCUGACCGAAAUAGAUACCCUCCUACACAACUGCCAGCUCAAGCAGUUCACCAUCGACCUCUUCCAUCCCAAGCACGGUGCCAAGAUCGGCCGAUACCCCCAGACCACAGUGACCAUCGCUGACCCAGAGGUGGUGGAUGGUGUCCCCUUGAUGACUGGACUGGGCCAGGUCUCCCAGUCCCCUAAAGGCCGCCUGAGUGCACCGCUUAAUCCCAAUGCCAAUGCUCUCAGCUCCAGGGAAAUCCGCUUCAACUGGUUUCCUCCACCGGGAAAACCUCUGGGGUACAAGGUGAAAUACUGGAUCCAAGGAGAUUCUGAGUCAGACGCCCAUCUUAUUGAUGUCAAAACAGUAUCAGCAGAGCUGAGUAACCUCUAUCCCUUCUGUGACUACGAGAUGCAAGUCUGCGCCUACAACGCCAUGGGUGAAGGGGCUUACUCCGACAUCAUCCACUGCCGCACGCUUGAGGAUGUCCCCAGCGAGCCUGGUCGCUUGGCUUUCAACGUCGUGUCUUCUACUGUGACACAGCUGAGCUGGGCUGAGCCUGCAGAAACCAAUGGGGAGAUCACGGCUUACGAAGUCAGUUACGGACUCGUCAAUGAGGACAAUGCAUUCAUUGGCCCAUUGAAGAAGGUACUAGUUGAAGACCCAAAGAAGCGCAUGGUGCUGAUAGAAAACCUACGGGAGUCCCAGCCCUAUUGCUACAUGGUGAAGGCCAGAAAUGGUGCUGGCUGGGGACCUGAGAGAGAAGCCACCAUCAACCUUGCUACGCAGCCCAAGCGCCCAAUGUCCAUCCCCAUCAUCCCUGAUGUCCCCAUCAUUGAUGCAGAGGGAGGUGAGGACUACGACAGCUACUUGAUGUACAGCGCAGAUGUGCUUCGCUCCCCAGCGGGCAGCAAGCAUCCCAGUGUCUCUGACGAUUCAGGCUCCAGGUGGAAAUAUGUGCAGUUGCUGGGAGAAGACCUGGAUCUUCGCCGCAUCACCUGGAAGCUCCCACCUGAAACCAUUCCCCGCCUCUCUGGCAGCAGCCGCCUCUCCUCGGACACGGAGGGCCUCCUCCAUGAGGAGGACAGUGACGUGGCUACUGGCAGCCUGAGGAGGAGCGGGACACCCCGACCCCAAGCAGAGCACUUGCUGAAUGGCCGGGUGGACUUCUCCUUCCCUGGCAGUGGCAGUGGCACACUGACGAGGACAACUAACAGCAGCUACCACCAACUGAGCUCACACAUGCAGCAGGAGCACAGGGUGAUGGGGAGCUCCUCACUGACAAGAGACUACUCCACGAUGCUAAUGGGGCACGAUUACCCAGGGAGAUUCCUCCCUCCCAUCCAUGAAGAUGCUGGGAGGACAAUCCCACGGCCCCGGGAUGUGGGUUUCAGGAGCAGGGUAAAGGUGAAGGGUUACUACCCCAGCACUGGCUUUCGGGACUCUAUAAUCAUGACUGAUGGGUCCGCAGGGAUUUGCAAGUACAUAGACUCCAGGCUGCCACUGGGCAUCCCUGACACCCCCACACGUUUGGUGUUCUCUGCCCUGGGACCCACCUCCCUGAAGGUGAGCUGGCAGGAGCCGCACUGCGAGAAGGAGGUGCAGGGCUACAGCGUGCAGUACCAGCUCCUCAAUGGAGGAGAGGUGCACCGACUCACCAUUGCCAACCCCUGCCAGAACUCGGUGGUGGUGGAGGACCUGCUGCCCAACCACUCCUACAUCUUCAAGGUGAAGGCACAGAGCGAGGAAGGCUGGGGCCCCGAGAGGGAAGGAGUCAUCACCAUAGAGUCCCAGGUGGACCCGCAAAGCCCACUCAGCCCCGUACCAGGUUCACCCUUUACACUGAGCACACCCAGUGCUCCUGGACCACUGGUUUUCACUGCCCUCAGCUCUGACUCCCUGCAGCUCAGCUGGGAGAGACCCCGCAAGCCCAAUGGGUCCAUCUUGGGCUACAUGGUCACCUGCGAGAUGCUGCAUGGAGGAGGGGAGCCCAGGAAUAUCUAUGUUGAAGGAGACAAUCCGGAAACUACCCUUACUGUGCCCCACCUGAGUGAGAACAUCGCAUACAAGUUCAAAGUGCAAGCCAAGACCACCCAAGGCUUUGGGCCAGAGAGAGAAGGCAUCAUCACCAUCGAAUCUCAGGAUGGAGGCACUUUCUCCCAGUUUGGAGGACAGCAGUACAUGAGAGAAGAAGUGUACAACUUCCCCACCGAAUACACCACCAAAACCAGCAUCACCCAUUCCUCCCUGGAUCCCCACUUCACAGAUGGCAUGUUGAUGACGACCCAGCAAGUGGAAAGCGCCAGCAGCACCCUCACCAAACAGGUCACCAAAGAGUUUGUGAGCCGGACAGUGAUGUCCAGCGGGACCCUCACCAAACAGAUGGAGAGGCAGUUCUACGAGGCCUGAGGCAGGACAGGCCACCUGCCAGCAGGAUGCUGACGUUCAGGUGGCAUGAUUUUGUGGAAUGAUCCAAGGGUGCUUCAUCCAGAUGCUGCCACGGUGCCUGGGCAGCUCCUCCUGUGGGCAUUCCUCCAUGGCACUUCAAGCUCUGGACCUCUCCUUUGGAACCCAGCACACUCCAAGCUCCAGUACAGUUGGGUCACCAGGUGUGUGCUCAUCCUUCAGGGCUUGUUCACCCUGUCCUGCUCUCCAGAGACUCAGUUCUGCAGAGUCCGCAGGGAUGUCUUCCAUGAACAAUCACUGCUCACUCCAAUACCAGUCUUCAACGCCCAUCUCCACCCAAAUACACCUGCAACUGCAGAAAUUCAGGUGUCUCGAUGGCUCCAGCCUCCCCAGAUAAACGGAAUGGAAUGAUUUAUUCUCAGGUCCUCUGUUUCGAGAGGAUCCCAGCUGACAACAUCCUGAGUGAUUGAGGGUCAUCGUUUCCAUCUUUGCUUUGGGCAACUUGGCUGCCCGCUGGGGGUGGUGAUUUGUUCUGUUUGGUGUUUUAUGAGAGCUGCAAGGUGGGGGGUUGGGGUAACCUGCGCUUUCUUCCUGCACCUAUUUGUGUCUAUUCUUCGCUGCUAACAUUGGGUACCAGGAUAGCAAAGUAUAACCUUUCAUUUGUAUAGCCUUACUCGUGAUGGCCUCCGAAGCAUUUUUAUUUGCAUACAAUAUUGUACAGUUUUCGUAGUAUAUAUAUAAAUAUAUAUAAAUGUAUUUUAUUAUUUUAUAAAAAAAAAAAAAGAGGUGUAUGAGAUCUAUGCUGAAUAUUGAGGCUACACUGGGACUGUGUCUGCUGAGAAAUGGGAAUAACUGGAAGGAAUUAGUUAACAGCUUAAUCCAAAGGCUACUAAACCCUGUGGAAAGCCUGUUGAUGAGUUGGUGGGCUCUCUCUUGGGCUUUAUCCCCCAGCACUGGAGGCUCCAGCAGAAGGUUCCCUGCACAGCAACCCCCAGCCAAGCAGUCUCCAGCCACAGCACAGACACAGCCGGGCUGGGAGCUGCUGGGGAUGGUCUGGGCAGUGGUGCCUGGAGAUGGGAAUGGUUCUUGGGAUUUCUUACAAGGCUGACGUGGAGAGCACGAGAUUUUGGGGGGCAGAAGAUGUCGGGUAUCUUUUAAAAGCCCUUUUGCCCAACAGCAACGUCCAUAAAGGGAGCUGUGAUGCCUCAAUAAACACAAGGGAGGAGCAAGCCUGGGGAACAGCGGGUGCUCUCAUCAUCCCGAGUGAGCCUCUGAGCCUCCUUCAGCCCUCGGCUCUCACUGUCCUUGGAUGGUGCUGGGUGCAGGGCUGAGCUGAGACCUUGCUGGGCCUGGUUUCCUGGCUCUGGGCAUGAUGCCUGCCAUCUCGCUGCCCUCUGCCAGCGGGAACAAUUGGGAUCUGUGUCUUGCUGACCAGCCCGUUUCCCUGGUGUGCUUCAGCUGCACGGGAGCCGGCGAGGAGCCUGCCCAAAGCAAGGAUCCCACCCAAAGCAGCAGCUGCCACCGUUCUGGAUUAGAGCUUCCAACCAAAACAGCAGCUGCCUGGUCUCCUGGGCACCAUCGCCUGCCUGAUUUGAUCUGACACUGGACCUUGGCUGUUGUGUUCUUUUUCUGUUGUUGUUGGGGUUUUUUUUUGUUUGGUUGCUGGAUAUUUUUUUUUGACUUGGAAGAUUGUCCAGCACUGACACCACUGAGAGCUCCCUCUCCUCUCCGGGCUGUUCUCUCGAGUGGGAUGAGUUGUACAUGUUUGAGCCAAAGAUGCACAGGGGUGACUAAAGUCCCCUGGAGUCUCCAGGGCUGCAGCUGGAGCAAGGUUGAACUUGAAGCAGCUUUUGACCCACCGCUGUGGUUCUUCUGUGCCUUCAAGAAGCACUCAUUUUUCCUGAGCAAGUACCAGUGGCAUUAACCUGCCUCCCCGUUCCCAUCUCACCUUUGUGAUGGGGGUUUCCUCUCCAGCUGAUGUAUCUACUCCUGCACAAGGACUCCAGGCUCCACUCCCUGUGCUUUGUGGUCCAGGGUAAAACGCUGACAACCACCCAAAAAGGGAGCCCCACUUCCAAGCAUUUUAACCAAAGACUACCCUGUUAUCCAAGCACAGAUCUGCUCUCCAGGGUGUCACACCACCCCCACGCACAAGGUGGCUGUGCCCCUAACCCAUGCCUCGCGCUAGAACAGCAUCACUUCUUAAUUUUCAUCUGGUCCUUAGGGCUGGUGGUGGUUCAGUCUUUCCAAGGGUGGAUCCAGCAGCCUGCUCUGACAGCGGGUCUCUGAUCAGAUGGUUUCCUAUU